CUUAUUGUGGCUGGCGUCACACAGGUUAGAUACUUUACCAUAACAACGUUCUAGCUCAGUCACAGAUAAAAUGGACCCGUCUAUGUACCUGUAUGAUGUCCCCCCGGUGUUGAUUGAGACGUUUUGCAAGGUAAUCGACAGCGGUGAUGACAGCCUCGGAUGGCGCGGGCUUGCUGCGCGUAUUGUGCCAAGUUGGACGGAGGUGCGACGCACCGAGAGGCUGGAGGCAAUGGGCAAGAGCCCCACGCGCGAACUCAUCUGGUCGUGGGCGCAACAGAACAAAACUGUUGGGGACCUUCUGAAGGUAUUGGAGGAUAUGGGCCACUACAGAGCGCUACAGCUCUUUAUGCCUCAAGAAACAAAGUAUUCCUUCCCCAACAGUGGACCAUCAGAGAGCAGCAGGGAUAACCCCUCCCCUCCUGAGUCACCCGUGUCACCCCCACCUGACAGUGAGUCAACCCAACCUGGUUGGAACCAGUCUGAUAAUCAUGUGUCGAGUGAAGGUAGAAACCACAGGCUUAGUGUUUUGACCUUGUUGCUAGGUAGAAACCACAGGCUUAGUGUUUUGACCUUGUUGCUAGGUAGAAACCACAGGCUUAGUGUUUUGACCUUGUUGCUAGGUAGAAACCACAGGCUUAGUGUUUUGACCUUGUUCCUAGGUAGAAACCACAGGCUUGUGAUCACCUACUCGGACGUCAUAGAGGGAACUAGACAUUUUCACCAGGACAUGAAGAUCUCUGAGGGCAGCUUCUCUGCUGUCUACAGAGCGGUAAAGGGAAAUGAAACCUUGGCUGUCAAGCUCUUUAAGCAGGUGCAGAAAGCCUCGUGGAGGAAGUUGUGGGAUCUAUUCAGGAGAGAGAUGGAAGUUCAUCAUCUCUAUCAGCAUCCUAACAUCUUGGAGCUGUUGGGUUGUUACUCUGAUGGGGAUCGUUACUGGCUGGUAUACCCUUACCUUCCCAACGGAUCACUGUUCCACAGACUGCAUGACCAGAACCUAGUGCCCACUCUCUCAUGGCAGGAGCGUUUGGACAUCAUCAAGGGGACGGCUAAGGCAGUACAUCACCUACAUACGGCCCAGCCCUGCACUGUGGUCUGUGGUAACAUCACAAGUUCUAACAUACUUCUGGACGAGCGGCUGCAGCCCAAGCUGUCUGAUUUUGGGACGGCCCGUCUCAGACCCCACUCUGUCAGUCAGAGCUGCACCGUUACCUUGGAUACGACCUGUGGAACCCUGGGAUACCUGCCAGAGGAAUACAUCCGAGACGGAAAGCUGUCCGUCAGUCUGGAUGUGUUCAGCUUGGGAAUGGUUAUAAUGGAAACAUUAACGGGACGGAACGUCAGAGAGGACACUCCUAAACACACCCUGCUGAGAGACAUCCUACAUGGAGAGGUGGAGGACAGUGGCAGUGUAGACUCCUGUCUUCAGUAUCUGGACCCAAGGGCUGGUCUCUGCCCCCACUCUGUGUCCUUUACCUUGUUCCGCCUGGCCCUGGACUGCACCUCUACACGACCACGCAACAGACCCACCAUGGAGAAUGUGCUACAGGUAUUGAGCCAGCUGCUUCCCCUGCCGUCCCCACCUGAAGACCAGCCCCACACCCUGACCGACUGGGCCCCAGCUCCCCCUGCCUCCCCUGCCCAGACGGGAGAUGGCCCCAGCUCCAACCCCAGCCCCAGUGUGCCUGUAGAGGACGAUGAGCUGCACAGUUACCCCAGUGCCAACCCACAGCCAGCUCCAGCCCAGGGAGGGCCCUGUGAGUGUAGCCAGUCAGAGGUCACCUAUCUGGGCAGUGGGGAGCGGCUAGGCCAGAGCCUCCAGACCAAUGGAGAGACAGUGGAUCUAUACAGUAGCUGGCCAGUCCAGUGUAGCUGUUCAGCUGAGGUGGAUGGAAUGGGCUGUGAGGAUUGUACAGCCAAUGGAUUUACUCCCUGCCCCUCAGACCUCCCUCAAGGUGACCUCAGCUUCCCUUCCCUUGGUUUAGUGGACAACCCUGCCAAGGACAGACUGAGGAAUAAGAUUGAUCUGUACAACAGAAGCCUCAUCAGAACAGAGGAACUCCUCUCUAUCUCCAUGGCAACCCAGGAGUGACAAACGCUGAUCCAGGAUCUGCUUGCCCUUCCCCAAAUCCUAAUCUUAACCAUUUACAAACACAAAACAGACCCCCAGACCAGCAUCUAGGACAACUUCACUACUUUGAAUGACACAUGCAUACAUGGCCUGCUGAGAGAGAGAGAGAGAGAGAGAGAGAGAGAGAGAGAGAGAGAGAGAGAGAGAGAGAGAGAGAGAGAGAGAGAGAGAGAGAGAGAGUUAAACUUAUCCAUAUAUCUGACUUAAUCAUUUCUGGCCCUGGUUAAAUGACCUGGCAUGGCCUCUCAGCCACAGGAUACUGUAGGUGUACACAUCAAAUAAUAUUGGUUUCAAACCUCCCUUUCUUUAAAAUGACUGUACGGAUCUGGGCUCAUCUUUCGUCCAUUUAGUUUCAAUGGAAUUAAGAUGAUCUUAGUGCUACGAUGCUUUUGGGAAACCCAGCCCUGGUAUGUGACAAGACGUGACGUUCAUGUGGUUGAACGAUAGCAAUCUAUGUCCUUCAUUGACGGUAUAUUAUGCUAAAACUAUAUUAUUAUUAUAGAAAGCUAUUUAUUAUCUGCUGACAGAUUCCAUUUCUUAUUUAUAAAAUUAGGACAUGAUUUCUAUAAAGCAUUUUUAUAAAGAUAAUUUAAAACAUUAGCGUGUAGAAACUGUGCCAGGGAAACUAAACCAAAGCAUGAAUUGCUGUCAUACCUUGUCCAUAGGCUGCUGACAGAGUAAGAAAACCAACGUGUCAUUUUGUAAUUUGGGUGAACUAUCCCCUUAUUUAUGUUUCGUAAGUUGACUUUACAUUUUUCAUGCCUUUUUAUUAAUAAAAUAUGAUUGACAAUG